UGGACUGAAUAGAGGGCGUUAAAUACAGGCCGCUGACUGAUUGCUCAGGAUUUGUUUAUCAAGCGAAUUCCAAACGCUGUGCUUUGUUACAUUACAACAGAACAGGCAAUGGCGCUGCUUGGGAUAGAGACGCUACUGCUGGUCUGCGGCGUCACGUUUUUAUUAUACCUCAUUACCAAGAGACAAAGGCAUUUAAAGCUUCCUCCGGGGCCGACGCCUCUUCCCCUGAUAGGCAAUAUCUUGCAGUUGGUCUUUCCCAAUCAAGUGAAAGCAUUUGUUAAGCUUGGUUCCCAGUAUGGCCCUGUGUCCAUGGUGUUUCUCGGGCAAAAUCCUGUAUUAGUACUCAAUGGUUAUGAUGUUGUGAAAGAAGCUUUUGUGGAAAAUGGAGAAGUAUUCAGCAAUCGAGGAAAAAACACUUUUAUAGAAAUGCUUUUUAAAGGAAGAGGUGUGGCAUUUAGCAAUGGAGAAACAUGGAGGCAGAUGAGACGCUUUUCUCUAAGCACGCUACGAGAUUUCGGAAUGGGAAAGAGGAGCAUUGAAGAGAGAGUACAGGAGGAGGCCUGCUCUCUGGUGGAAGAAUUUAAUAAGACAAAAGGAGCCCCAUUUGAUUCCACUUAUUUGCUUACAUUGGCAGUGUCCAAUGUAAUUUGCUCCAUAGUUUUUGGAAAUCGAUUUGAAUACAAAAAUGAGACAUUCCUAUCAGUGUUGGCCUUGUUAAAAGACACCUUUAGAAUUGUUACUUCACCAUGGACUCAGUUUUUUGGCUUUGCUCCUGGAUUUCUGCAACAUUUUCCCGGUCCACACAAAAUGGCUGCAAAGAAUAUCGGUAGACUGAAAAAAUUUGUGACUGAAAUUGUUACUACUCAUGAAGAGACUCUGGAUGAGAAUUCUCCAAGGGAUUAUAUUGAUUGCUUUCUCAUAAAAAUGAGACAGGAGAAGGGCAAUGUUAAUACAGAAUUUGACUAUGAAAACUUAUUUGUCACCCUGCUGAACCUCUUCUUUGCGGGGACAGAGACCACCAGCAUAACAUUACGAUAUGGAAUGCUCCUCCUGCUAAAAUACCCAGAUAUUCAAAAGAAGAUCCAUGAUGAGAUUGACUGUGUGGUAGGGUUAAACAGGUGUCCAUCAAUGGAGGAUCGUCCCAAAUUGCCAUAUACAGAUGCAACAAUUCAUGAGAUUCAGAGAUUUGCAGAUAUUGUACCAAUGGGGGUUCCCCGUUCAACAAACAAAGAUACAACACUCAGAGGAUACGAUAUUCCUAAGGGUACAACAGUAUUUCCAAUGUUGACGUCUAUCAUGAAAGAUCCCAGAUACUUUAAGGACCCAGAAAGCUUUAACCCAUGUCAUUUUCUAGAUGAAAAGGGUAGCCUGAAGAAGUCUGAUGCUUUCUUACCAUUUUCUAUUGGGAAACGUGUCUGCCUUGGGGAAGGCCUUGCACGCAUGGAAAUAUUUCUCUUCCUAACAUCGAUAUUACAAAGAUUUGAACUUAAAUGCCACAUGGAUCCUGAAGAUAUUGACAUCUCACCAGUACCUUUCAAAGCUGCUUCUACUCCCCGUCCCUAUGAGCUCUAUAUUACCCCACGCUAGCAAAGCUUAUAAUACACACUUUAUUGUAGGUGCUUUUUGUUAAAGAGUCCAACCAAAACAGCCAUAUUUUUUAAUCCAUUAGGGGAGACAUCUGAGAAAAUCUCAAUUAUAUACCCAUUCUGUAUGCAUGCCCACUGUAUUUUUUUUUAAGACAUAAAAAAAUAAUUGUUUUGUGUUGAUGUCAUAUACUGGAGUUAAAUACUUUGCUAUUAGCCCACUGAAGUAUAAAUAAAAUUUAGCCUUUUUGGCAAAUAUGUGAUUCUAAUAACUGGUGAAAACAAUCUAGGUUUGCAGUUUCUUAAACAAGAUAAAAUUAAUCUUCCUCCAUAAGUAACAAUGAAAUCUUAAAAAUAAAAUCAUGUUUAUACAAUG